AUGAGAAGUUUACUGCUUGCUUUAGUUUUUGUUGUAAUUGUUAUUGCUGUGUCUGGAAAUAUAUGUCCACGUUGUAGUAGAGGAUAUACUGACGAUUCAACUUGUACUUGUUCUGGAAGAAGACUCAAGGACAAUUGUGCAGGUGCUGGAAAGGGAAUUGGUGCUGUAACUUGUUUAGUGGAACAAUUUUGUUGUUAUAAACCGAAAAAGAAACCAUGCUCAUGUCACCUUAAAGCCAAAGCCAAAGCUGUAGCAGGUCAAUCUUAA